CUCAGGUAACCAAUGGAGAACAGGACAGAAGUGACAGAGUUCAUCCUGCUGGGACUGACCAAUGACCCAGGUCUGCAGCUUCCCCUCUUUGUGACCUUCCUCUUCAUCUACACCAUCACUCUGGCUGGGAACCUGGGGAUGAUCCUGCUGAUCCUCCUGGACUCCCGUCUCCACACUCCCAUGUACUUUUUCCUGGGUAACCUGUCUCUGGUGGACUUUUGCUACUCUUCAGCUGUCACUCCCACGGUCAUGGCUGGGCUCCUUCUAGGAGACAAGGUCAUCUCCUACAAUGCCUGUGCUGCUCAGAUGUUCUGUUUUGCAUUAUGUGCCAAUGUGGAAAAUUACCUCCUGGCCUCAAUGGCCUAUGACCGCUAUGCAGCAGUGUGCAAGCCCCUGCACUACACCACCACCAUGACGACACGUGUGUGUGCCUAUCUGGUCAUAGGCUGCUAUAUCUGUGGUUUCCUGAAUGCCUCCAUCUACACUGGGAACACGUUCAGUCUCACCUUCUGUAAGUCCAGUGUGGUCCAUCAUUUCUUCUGUGAUAUUCCAGCCGUCGUGGCUGUGUCUUGCUCUGAUAGACAUCUCCAUGAGCUGGUUCUUAUUUAUGUAGCCAGCUUCAAUAUCUUUUUUGYUCUCCUACUUAUCUUYGUAUCCUAUCUAUUUAUCUUUAUUACUAUCCUAAAAAUGCACUCAGCUGCAGGGUAUCGAAAAGCUGUAUCCACCUGUGCUUCUCAUUUCACUGCAGUCUCCAUUUUCUAUGGAGCUGUUAUCUUCAUGUACUUACAGCCCAGCUCCAGUCACUCCAUGGACACAGACAAAGUUGCCUCUGUGUUCUACACCAUGGUCAUCCCCAUGCUGAACCCUGUGGUCUACAGCCUCAGGAACAAGGAGGUCAAGAGUGCAUUCUCAAAGAUUUUUUUGAAGGCAAAAUAA